GCAAUUCCCAGUUGCUGGCUAGGAGGCUUAGAGGGAGCGGGCGGCCACUUCAUCAUGCUAACAAGAUGUCACAUGAACAGAAGCUUUAGGGGUUUUAUUUAGCUCCUAAUCCGCACGUUCAGCACGCCCAGAGCCAUGUGAGUGUGCUGGCCAGCAAUGGGGCCCCGGGCUUGGGGGACAGCCACCUGCAACGGAUCCCUCUCGAGCCCUUGGAGCCACGCCUGGGGCUGGAGGCACAGAAGCUGUGAGCGCGCUGUGCUGUCCACUAAGGUUUCUGAGGAUUAAUAAUUCAGGCCGCACUCGGAAACAGAAAACCCCUGGCCAGGCACCACUGCCGCUGUCAUCCCAAAAGGCUCGCUCACUGCCGGGGCUGUUUCUCAUGGAUGUCAGUGAGGAUUUGUAAAGAACCUGCCGUCACCACAGCCUCAGCCUUGUUCUUCCCAAUGCCCGUUCCCAGCAGGCACACAAAUAUUGGUCGUUCUCAGAGCUGGGAUGCCGCCGGCUGGUACAAGGGCCCCUGGGACAGCGCAGCAGCCCUGCGGCCUCCGGCCAGGAGAAGCUCUUUGACAUAUGGCUCAGGAGAGGGCGCCUGGGUCGAGCUGACAAACCAUCGCCCGCAGGACACUGUCCUGGCUGGCCCGCCCGAGCCCUGCCUGUUCCGCGAGGCCUUUUAUAACUCGGUCGCUGCCGGAAAGGGUUGUGCUCCUGACUUCGCCUUCUACGACAGCCGACAGGCGGUCAUGUCUGCUCCCAGCACCCUGCUGCCGCCAGGUUCCUACAGCGACCCGGCCAGAAGCAUACGGGCACCCAGAGAGCCUCCGUACUACCAUGACUCCAGAGGCAGCCGCCCGGUGCCCAGCUACGAAGUGCUCGGCAGCCAGAUGCCGUGGGAUCAGGUGCAAGGUCAAUUACCUGCCUUGCCGGAUGCUGGUCACCUGUACCGGGAUCCUGCAGGUAAGAUGAUCCCCCAAGGGCAGCGGACACAGAGCAGGGCCCCGUCGCCGGGGCGGUAUGGACAGGAACUGCCCGACUCCGGCUACGGGCCAGAGACGCCUGCCUGCCCCCCUGGCCAGGUCUACAACGACAUCGGCGAGAGACCUGUGGGUUCUAAUCCCGGCAGGCAGGUGACCCCGACAUGCCUGGUGGUGGAUCCCAGUGCAGCUGCAACACCCGAGGGUGGCUCAGCAAUUGCUCCCGGCGCCCUGCACCAGGGCUAUGGCCCUGUGCCCGAGAACGUUCAUGUCAGGAUGGCCUAUGAGAAUCGCGCCACCGACCCAGCCAACCUGCAGGGCAAGAGGAACAUGCUGCCGGAGUUCCUGGCCUUCUUGAGGGCUGAAGGGCUGACCGAGGCCACGCUGACUGCCCUGCUACGGCAGGGUUUCGAUUCUCCCACCGUGCUCUCCACCCUGGAGGACGCUGACAUCAAGUCAGUGGCCCCCAACCUGGGCCAGGCCCGGGUGCUCAGCCGCCUGGCCAGCAGCUGCAGAGCAGAGAUGCAGCUACGGAGGCUGGACCGGGCAGGCCCCCUGCCCCGGACACGGUCCAGCAGCUUCAGCCAUCGCGGUGAGCUGCUGCCCGGCGACGUGGCCUCGCUGGGAGCCACUGCCCUGCACCCCCAGCCUGCAGGUCCUCUGCAAGCAGCCGCCCCCCGAGCUGCCAACCCCACCCACCGGCCAGCCAGCGCCCCUUCACAACACCUCCUGGAGACUGCAGCCACCUACUCGGCCCCUGGGGUGGGUACCCAGGCCCCCCACUUCCCCUCCAACUCCGGAUACAGCUCCCCCACGGCCCUGACUGCACGGCCCAGCCCUGCCUACCCUGUGCAGGCAGGGGUGGCCUUGAGCCACCCAGGCCCCAGAACCGCCUACUCCACAGCCUACACAGUGCCCAUGGAGCUCCUGAAGCGAGAACGCAGCCUAGCCACCUCUCCGCUGCCCAGCCCCCAGCUCCUGCGCAAGCCCGGGGCUCCCGCUGAGCCCCCCUCGCUGCCACCCGUCAGCCAGAGCCUACACUCGCCUCACUCGCCGUACCAGAAGGUGGCCCGCAGGACGGGGGCCCCCAUCAUUGUGUCCACCAUGCUGACGCCAGAACCAAGUAUCCGCCCCCAGAUCAUGAACGGCCCCCUGCACCCCCGCCCCUUGGUGGCCCUGCUGGAUGGCAGAGACUGCACUGUGGAGAUGCCCAUCCUGAAGGACCUAGCCACAGUGGCCUUCUGUGACGCACAGUCCACGCAGGAGAUUCACGAGAAGGUGCUGAAUGAGGCCGUGGGCGCCAUGAUGUACCACACCAUCACCCUCACCAGAGAAGACCUGGAGAAGUUCAAGGCCUUGAGGGUGAUUGUGCGGAUCGGCAGCGGCUACGACAAUGUGGAUGUCAAGGCUGCUGGCGAGCUUGGGAUUGCCGUGUGCAACAUCCCAUCCGCAGCCGUGGAGGAGACGGCUGAUUCCACCAUCUGCCACAUCCUCAACCUGUACCGGCGGAACACGUGGCUCUACCAGGCGCUGCGGGAGGGCACGCGGGUGCAGAGCGUGGAGCAGAUUCGGGAGGUGGCCUCGGGGGCAGCCCGCAUCCGCGGGGAGACACUAGGCCUCAUUGGCUUCGGUCGCACAGGGCAGGCAGUUGCCGUUCGAGCCAAGGCCUUUGGAUUCAGCGUCAUAUUUUAUGACCCCUACUUGCAGGAUGGGAUAGAGCGGUCCCUGGGCGUGCAGAGGGUCUACACCCUGCAGGACCUGCUGUACCAGAGUGACUGCGUCUCCUUGCACUGCAAUCUCAACGAGCAUAACCAUCACCUCAUCAAUGACUUUACCAUAAAGCAGAUGAGGCAAGGAGCGUUCCUGGUGAAUGCGGCCCGUGGGGGGCUGGUGGACGAGAAGGCCUUGGCCCAGGCCCUCAAGGAAGGCCGGGUACGAGGGGCGGCCCUCGACGUGCACGAGUCGGAGCCCUUCAGCUUUGCUCAGGGUCCGCUCAAAGAUGCCCCGAACCUCAUCUGCACCCCACACACGGCCUGGUACAGCGAGCAAGCCUCCCUGGAGAUGAGGGAGGCCGCAGCCACCGAGAUCCGCCGUGCCAUCACAGGUCGCAUUCCAGAAAGCUUAAGAAACUGUGUCAACAAGGAAUUCUUUGUCACGUCGGCUCCGUGGUCAGUAAUAGAUCAGCAAGCUAUUCAUCCCGAGCUCAAUGGCGCCACAUACAGAUACCCACCAGGCCUCGUGGGCGUGGCCCCAGGGGGGCUCCCAGCGGCCAUGGAAGGGAUCCUUCCGGGGGGCAUCCCCGGGACUCACAGCCUCCCCACCGUGGCCCACCCCUCCCAAGCUCCUUCACCCAACCAGCCCACAAAACAUGGGGACAAUCGAGAGCACCCCAACGAGCAAUAGCAGCGGAUGCAGGAUGGUGGAACAUUUGGACAUACUCGGGACCAAGAGACAGUGAAGGCAAAGGAACUGUCUGAACCUGGACAUAGGCAUCAUUGAUGCUGCAGUGUUACAACGACGAGAGCUAGAAAACGGAAGAUGUCUGCUUACGGAAGCGCUGAAAGACUACAACGUGACUUAUUAACGACCAACUUCUGUUAUUGUAUGUUAUAAGUUUUUCAUCUGUGCAUCAAAUCACCAAGAAUAAAUAGAGCUUUUUCCUUUAUCAGUCCCUGGGGCACAGCAGGCCCUGAGCACCUUGCUCUACAAUGUUGCAUCAAGAGUUCCAAACAUCAAAUAAAAAAAUCUUGAGGAAAUCCCCACCCUGCAACUCUGGUCCCUGCGGUCUACAGGGCACGUUCCCUCCUUUGGAUCCCAGGAAGAUGGAAUCCCUAACAAGACGGAAGAACACUGCCUGAGUUGGACAUCUGCGCGUACAGGACGGAAGAUGGUGCGGGCUCCUGGAUGAAGUCUCUCAGCUGAACUGCAGACUCAGCGGGCAAGCCGGCUGUGAGUUCAGGAACACCCUCUGAUGAUGCAAAAAAGAAAAAAAUACUAAGUUUCACAAGCUGUUUGUACUCAAAUAUAUUUUCUCAGUUUCAGAUCCUCAGCUAUUUUAUUGAGUGGAAAGUCUUGAACUGAAAGGGUUCAGGAAGAAUAAUGUUGCAUUUCCUUACGUCUCAGGAAACACUUUUUAUGGUGACUUGUCAGAUUGUCUAGGAACAAACCCACUUUUUUAGACAUUGAUAAAGUCUUCUUUUCUUCACGUGAUAUUUUCUACAAGAACACUGCAGAUGUGUUAUUAGAUGUGACUGAUUUUAACACGUCCUAUUAGGUUUGUAUCUAGUUCCAUGUCCUACUCGUGGUCUUUGGUGACUCAUCACCUUUUGUUGGAAAAGCUGGCCUAUUUUCAGCCUUUGUAUAGGUACAUUCCUGUUUUUGUGACAAAAGAAAAACUUUAAAACUCCCAAGCAGAAAACUAAUGGCUAUCAGAAAUGUUUUGUUUUAGUGUGAGUUACCGUUACUGUAUUUGUUUAUUGUAAAGGUGGACAUUUAGCGUUCAGUGCAGUUUUCAAUAAAAAACAAAUUAAAAUU